UAUGCAGCCGUAAAAGAAGAUGGAGACUUCGCAUCACAGUUUCGUUCUCUCUAAUUUAGAAUCUGAUUAUAAGGAAAAAGUUUCCUAAAUUUUACACAAUAAAUUUGAAUCCUGAUAUCCAAACUGUAUGUACACGGGAAAAUGGAUUCUACGCCUGUCUUACCAACAUUUUUAGAUGUGGAUUUGACAAUAUUACAUAUUGAAUGUCUUCCCAAGGAUAUCCUGGUGAAAUUUCAAGGCAGAAAUAAUAGUGAAUGUGAGUUUGACUAUCACAUUUUGCAGAGGGAAAUACAACAUAUUCCAAAAGUGAAAAAUAAUGUGGACAUUGAUGAAUUUUGUUUGGUUGAAGAAAGAGUAUCUGGAGAAUGGCAAAGAGGAAGAGUUGUGGAAAAGAAAAAUGAACUCUAUACAGUUCUUCUUAUAGAUCGCGGAGAGGAACUAAGGGUUGAUAGUACGCAAGUUGCUUCAGCAUGUGGCAAUUUAUUUGAGCUACCACCACGGGUAGUAUUUGGUAUUUUUGCCAACAUACUACCAAUUGGGGAAAAAUGGUCUCCUAAGGCUUUGAAUUAUUUUAAGUCAUUAGUAGGAAUACAUGUGAAAGGUUAUGUACAAGCUAUUUUGCCUCUGCAAGUGAUUCUUCUUGAAGUACCAAAAGUUAUAUCCCAGGCUCUUGAGUUACAAUUAGGAAGAUUUAUUGAUGGAGAUUCAUUUCAUCUUAUUGUGGAAAUGUUAAAAGAAUUCCCUCAACAAAUGCCAGAUUUAUUACAACAUAAAAGACCUGAAUUGUCAUUAAGGAAUAAUGAUACUUCACUUGAUAUUCAACAUGUUCUGGAUAAUUUGCAGCCAUCUUUGUCAGUAGGAAGUACUGAAAGUAUAAAGGUAUCAUCUGCCCUGAGCCCAAGUAAAUUUUAUUGUCAAUUAAUUAAAUGGAUUCCAGAGCUAGAAAACUUGACAGUAUGUAUGACUUUGCAUUAUGAUAUUAUCAGUCAAGAAACUAGUCCCACGUGUGAUAAUUUUGGACUACUUUGUGUUGCCAAAAGGAUAAAUGGACAGUGGCAUAGAGGAAUUCUUCAGCAGCUCUUGCCCAAUAAUCAAGUGAAAAUUUGGUUUAUGGAUUAUGGAAGUAGUGAGGCUAUACCCUCAAUUCAUGUAAAGAAACUUAAACAAGAUUUUAUUUUAGUACCAUUAUUUUCAUUUCCAUGUUCUCUUACACAUUUGCACAGUCCAGAUAAAGAUGCAAGAAAGUAUCAGCUGAGUGUAUUUAAACAAGCCUUGUUAGGACAAACAGUAUAUGCACACAUUGAUGAGUUCAAUAAGGAUGAGCAUUUGUAUUAUGUGACAUUACAAAGUCAAGAGUCUACAAUUAAUCCUAAGUGUCUACUGAAGACUGUAGGCACACAAAUACUUUGUCCAGUGUCUGAUUCAAAACUCACCAAUAUCUCUAGUAGGACUGGUGCUUCUGAUGCGAACACCUGUGCAGUUGAGAGUUUUAUUGGAAAUAUUGAAUGGUCAGUAGACUCGCUAAAUAAAAAUAACAUUUUCAAAGUAGGAUUUCCUAUUAAAACUGUAGAAAUGGAGACAGAGGCUGCCUAUGUAGCUUUUGUAGUUUAUGUAUUAAACCCAUCAAAUUUCUGGGUACGCACUAAUGACCAUCAGAAUGAAUUUCAAGAUCUAAUGACAAAUAUAAACAAAUUUUAUGAUUUGUGUGAAAAUGAUGAAAUGAUCCUAAGAAAACCUGAACCUGGAUUAUUUUGUUGUGCUAGAUAUAGCAAGGACGGACGUUUUUAUAGAGCUGUCAUUACUGAAAUUAAUGGCCAUAAGAUUAACGUUUAUUUUUUGGAUUAUGGAAAUACUGAUUCCAUACCAUUUUUUGACGUAAAAAUUUUGCUUCCAGAAUUUUGUGAAUUGCCUGCCUUAGCCAUGUGCUGUUCACUUGCACAUGCAUUUCCUGUUGAAGAUUUAUGGGUGAAGGCUGCAAUUGAUUAUUUUAAAAAAAUAGUUUUGAACAAAGCAAUUUUGCUUCAAGUUAUAGCAAAAAGAGAUGACAAGUACAUUGUAAAUAUUCAAAGUAUUGAGGCCUCAGAAAAUAUUGAUGUUGUCUCUCUUAUGUUACAAGCUGGCUAUGCAGAAUAUUGGGAAGUAGAACCAGAAUGUUUUAAGAACUCUGUAAAUGGAUAUUCAGUGUUAAAUUUAAAAUCUAAAAACAAAGUUAAUAUUAAAAAUGUCAUCUCUGCCCUUCUUGAAGGACCUAAAUCUAAAAAGUACCAUUCAAAUAAGGAAGAGGAAAAUAACUUGUCUUUGUCAAAAUCCUCAGCUGUUAAUUUAUUAGAUUUAACAAAUCCUUUUACAUCUGUGGGGACUGCUUCAUCAUCAUCUUAUAAAGAAUAUAUCUUUAAACCGGGAACAGUUCUUGAAGUUAAAUGUUCUUAUUAUUGUGGCCCACGUGACUUUUCAUGCCAGCUCCAAUGUAAGUUAGAAGACCUAAAAUUGCUGAUGGAACAAAUUCAGAUUUACUAUAGCAUUAAUUCUGAUCCUUAUCAUAUUGGCCAGAUUGCUUGUGUUGCUAAGUAUUCCAAAGAUGGGAAGUGGUAUAGAGCUGCUGUUCUGACUCAUGUAUCAAAAAAAGAAGUCGACAUAGUAUUUGUUGACUAUGGUUACCAGGAAAGAGUUUUAAUUAAAGAUCUUUGUGGUAUUAACCCACAUUUUCUUUCUUUAGAAGGCCAAGCCUUCAGAUGUUGUCUUGACCAUUUAGUUGAACCCACUAGUUGUAAAUUAUUGAACUGGACAAGAGAAGCAUCUAGAGACUUUGGGAAAUUUCUCUCUUCAUCUAGAGGGCUAUUGACUUGUAUUAUCCAUGCCUUAGUUCUUAUAGAUCCUAACUGUUUAUGUAAUUUGGUGGAUUUACAAUCUUCAUUUACCAGUGCAAAAGAAUUUCUUAUUAAUUGUGGCUCUGCUCAGUAUACCACAUUAUCAAAGCCACUUCCAUCUUCAGUUAGUCUUUAUAGUUACUAUUAUUCUUCAUUUAAUAUAAACAUUGGAAGUGAGGAGGAAGUAUAUAUCUCUCACAUAUAUAGCCCCAAAAAGUUUUAUUGCCAGCUUGGUAGAAAUAAUAAAGACCUAGAGAUGAUAGAAAAAAAAAUCACAGAGAUUAUUAAUCUCAAAAGUUGCCCAAAAUACGAUUCUAAAAAAAUGAGAUUGUGCAUAUCUAAGUACAUGGAGGAUGGCCUCUCAUAUAGAGGUUUGGCAAUGCCAAUAGGUUCAUCAUCUGACUUUCUGGUCUAUUUUGUGGACUUUGGAAAUAAGCAAUUAGUAGAAGAAAACAUGUUGUGGGCCAUUUCUGAUCAGUGUCCAGAGUUGCUGUUUACUCCUAUGCAAGCAGUUAAAUGCUUUUUGUCAGAUAUUAGAGAUGUAGAUAUUCCAGCAGAAAUCAAUAACUGGUUUGAAGACAGUUUUUUGGGAAAACCAUUAAAGGCAGUAAUAUUGUCCAGGGAGGCAGAUGGUCAGCUAGGUAUGGAGCUGUAUGAUGGAAAUCAACAUAUAAAUCAGAAAAUUAAAAUGUUACUUCAUGCUUACAGAAACAAACAUUGUGACCAAGCACACUGUUUAGAAGAGAACCAUAAAAUAAAUGAGAGUAAGAGACUCACCGCUUCUUUGAAAGGCAAACUGGAAAACGACUAUCACAAUAAUAUGGUAAACAAAACCAGUCUCGUAACAUAUUCUGAAAGCAAAAUAGAUCAAUUAAUGCAUCCCCAAAGUAUAUAUACCAGUCUUUUGAAACCAUCAUUUUGUUAUAAAAUUGAACCUGUGUCAAAAAACAAAGUGAAGAAGUCUUUGAAUGAUGGACUUAAAAGUGUAAAAAUUGUCCCUCGAUAUGCACAUAUUCUUGAUGAAACUGGUGUGGGCCAAAAAACAGUAAAAGUUGUAUCACAAUCGUUUAUCAGAGAGUUAAAUCAAGCAGCCUCACAAAGCCUUCAUAGACCACAAAUCAAAGACCUUCCUCAACCCAAAAUUUUCUUGAAUACCAAAAUUAAAGGGUAUGUCUCGAAUAUUAGCAAUCCAGCAAGUUUCCAUAUUCAGCUGGCUGAGAAUGAAAAUGUAAUCGUCAGACUUGCAGAUGCCUUAAAUGAAAGAAGAGGAAAUAGAGUGAAAGAGAGAAAAUCAGUUAAACUUCUGGUUGGGGACCUUGUGGUCGCAGAAUACUCUGGCGACAGUGCCAUUUACAGAGCAGUUAUUAAGAAAAUUUUGCCAGAAAAUUCUUUUGAAGUGGAAUUUAUCGACUAUGGUAACACUGCAAUCGUAAACGCAUCAAAAAUGUAUGAACUUAACAGGGAAUUUGUAAGCAUACCUCAGCUAGGAAUCCAUUCUUUUCUUAGUGGGGUAAAAUGGAAUGAGCCUGAUGAAAUAUGGGACAGCAAAAUGGUUGAUUAUUUUGCUUCGAGAGUAAGUAAUAAAACAGUUUCUUGUGAAUUUUUGAAAAAGCAUGAGCAGAAAUGGGAAGUAAAUAUAAUUUGUGAUGAAAAAUAUGUCAUUAAUGAACUACUAAAAUGGACAGCAUGUUCAAAACCAGAGAAGAUAGCAUUGCAAAUACCUCAGAUUGUCUCUCAAAAGGUUGGCCCUGGUGAUAAUAGUGAAAUAAAGAAAGGAAGAUCAAAUGAAUGUGAAGGGCCCGUGAUCCUUCAACAGUCCUACCAACUGGUUAAAAUUCCAUGUGAAGAGUUAAAACCUGGACAGCUCGAAAAAGCUGAAAUCCUUCAUGUUUCACAAAAUGGAAGAUUUUAUGUUAAGUUAUCCAGAAACAAAAAAGUUUUAUCAGAUUUAACAUUAUUAAUUGCCAAAGAAGAAAAAAACUCUUCUCUUUUAUCAGUGGAAAAUAUUGAAAAAGGUUUAGAAUGCUUGGCAAAGUCCAAAAAAACUUUAAAGUGGUAUCGAUCCAAAGUAGAAAGAAAGUACAGUGAUCAGCGAGUGCUCGUUUUUUUGGUAGAUCGUGGUAGAUAUGAAAUCGUGCCUUUACGUAAUACCAAGGAGCUUAGUAAUGAGGCCAGAAAUAUUCCGAGACAAGCUGUGUCUUGUAAGUGGAUUUGGCUUGAAAAUUCUAGGAACAUGUCAUUUGAGUCCAUUGUGUGUUCGUUCACUCAUUUGGAAAUAAACAUCCUUUUUCUGAAGUAUUUAGAUUCUGUUUGGGAAGUAGAAAUUUUGGUAGAUAACCUGUUACUUUUGGAAUAUUUAAAUUUGAAUACGGUUCUUGUUAAAGAAAACAAACGUAGAUCUUCAGGAAUUGCUUUCAGUGUUGACUCUAAGAGUCCUGUGUCAUCAGGCUUAAUCCGAUCAUUUACUUGGGCGCAACUCCAGAGUGGUAGGCUUUAUUCUGGUAUUGCUACUGCUGUUUCUGAUCCAUCAGACUUCUGUGUUCAGUUAGAAGAUUUCUUUGAUACAAUGAAAUAUCUCUUUAUGUUGCUUUCUGAUCUCCCAGAAACCUUACAGACCUUGCCUCAAGAACUCAUAAUUCCUGGGUCUGGUUGUUUGUUCAAAUAUGAAUUGGAAGAUGAAUGGAAUAGAGUGGAAAUUUGUGAUGUCUCCGAUCAGUCUUUACUUCUUGUAUUGAUUGACUAUGGAUUUUCUUUUUAUAUACCUUAUUCAGAUAUAAUACAUCUUAAAGUCGUUCCUGAGGAACUUUUGAAUUUGCCGAGGCUAAGUUAUCCAUGUAUCUUACAUGGUAUCCUACCUGCUGAAGGGAAAUACUGGAGUGAGGAAGCAAAGAGCUUUUUUAAAGAUUUCCUAAGUAAACCAGGUUUAGUUUUUCUGUUCAGGGAAUAUGAUUUUGAAACAAAACUAAAAGUAGAUGUCAUUCAUGAGCAAAACAAUUUGGCAGAUGUAUUAGUUGCAUCAGGUCUUGCAAUAUAUUCUAAAGAUUCAGCUAAUUUUGUUGAAAUUACUGCCACGGGACCUGUUAAAACCCAGUGUAAAUUACAGAGUAAGCCUAUUUGCCCAUCAUCAGAUCAAAAUUGCUACAAGAAAGAAAAUAUAAAUUACACAUGCACUGAGAAACAAAAGCCAAAAAAGCAGAAAUUUAUAAAGAGGAAAGAUUUCUGUAAGAACCUCUUUAAAAAAAUUCAUAUUAGUAAAAGAUUACAUUCUGGAAAUUUAACACUGAGAAAGAAAGUUGCUGGUGGACAGCAGAGUCCCCAAGGAGUCAUUACAUUUGAUGCCUGUGCAGCGGCUUCAUUUUGGGAACUGCCUGAUGAUUUGAAGAAUAACAUCAAUUGUGUUGAAAAUAUUUUUAAAAAACUACCCACUGAUGGAAGACAGGAACAUAAUAAUACAAUGGACUUGAGGAUAACAGUAAAAGAGUUGCAUGUUACUGAAAAAAUUGUAUCAGAAGAACACUUUAAAGUAGAGGGAGAUGAAAGCUCAGAUUGCUUAUAUAUCAGUGUGACAAGAAAUGAUACAUAA